AGACUCUAAUGAGGCGGAUCUCCGAUGAAUUGGAAUAAGGCAGACCAUAUAUUUCCCGGGCACUAUUACACUAUUACGUUACUCAGCUAAACUUGUGUCAUACAAGACUACGGUUUCCAAAUCAAGCCAUGCAGUGGCAGAUAUAGCUGUACCCUGCCGUCUUCUGAUGAUUUCGACGGAAAAUACUAUUCCAUAGAAUCCUCUCAUGUACCUUUGCUGAUGUGUCGCACUUCUCGUGGUCCUCUCUGUAUUUCUACAUUAUAUGUUUAUCAAUUCAGUCUGCUUCACCGUCGUGGCUGUCGCAUCAUGUUCUUGAAACCUUGUAGUUGCCGCUGUAGUAGGAUACAAGGACUAUGCAUUCCAUUUUCGCCAUUAAACAUCAGUCAACCCUAUAUACGGCUCACAUUGGAUUGUGUAAUUCUGAGUCUUUCCAGCUCGAGUCCAGGAAAGAGAUGGAUCUGUUGGAUGAGGGAGUUGACAAUGGUAACUUGUUACUGAUCAAAAUGAUGACCUUCAGUUUUUGGAGUAUCGCGAC